AUGCCGAGAGGUACAAAGAUCCCUAGAACUCGCUGGUCAGAGUCAGAGAAACUUCGGCUCCUCAAUUACCGGGAUAGGCAUCCUAACUUACCUUGGGAUCAAAUCAAGCUGGCUUUUCCAGGCCGCAGUGGGAAUGCUCUCUGCAAGCAGUACUCUGACCUGAAAAUUGAACGUGAGAAAGAGGCUCGGGAAAAGGCGAACAAUGGUAAUAAAGCGACUGAGGAGAUGGCGAACAAUCAGACUAAAGUGACCAACACUGCUCAGCUCAGUAAAGGGAACAAACGUCUGCUGGACCACGAAGGAGACAACGAGACACAAACCAGCAAGCAAACCAAGGCUGGUGGUGUCGCAGCACACAAUGACAAUGACCCAGACUUUGACCCUAGCGAGGCUAGUGACUCUGACGGGGGCGACAUUGGCGUUAGAGGUGACAUUGGUCGCUCUCCCACAGCUCGUCAGCUUCGUAAUACACCUCGCAAACAGCUGAAUGAUACUGUCGUGGGCUCGGCUUCUGGCCUGAAGCGUCCAUCCAAGCUUACAAAGCUUCAAUUCACUGGUCAACCUGGUGCACGCGAUCCAUUUAGCACAACGCCCGCUAGCCCUGACCCUCGCACACUGCAGAACGCGAAAAAAUCUAGCAAAACUACCAUUAAACCUGCUUCUGCCUCUACUCACUUAACACUUUCAGAUUCUCUCUCUCUUGAGAAAGCAGCAGACACGAACAAAUCUGACGCAACCUCAGGAAUCGAGUCACCGGUGCAGGGAACUCGUCCAAGCUUAUCUCCUGCGCCCAAUCGUCAUUCUGCACAGAAUCAACAACCUACUACCAAGGAGCAUUCGCUGUCAAAACCUGAAGACGAAAUGGCUCCUCGUCCUCCCACUCCCCCUUUUUCCGCUACCACUGCUUUCACCGAAUCUGGAAACAACGGAUACCCGCCCAUGCAGCACGGUGCACUCCUGCUUAUGCAGGCAGCCAUCGCCAUGAGAGAUUUCCCGAGAGAGCGUGCCCGUAACGAGCAGUUGGACGAGAGAAAUGAGCGUCUUGUGAUGGAGGUACUGAAGCUGAAGGAGAAGGAAGCCGAAUGGAAACAGGAGAUUGCAGACCUCCAGUUACACAACGGACUCCUCAAAGGCGACAUUAAAUAUCAAAUCGAUCAGGUCAAGAAGCUUGAGGCUGAACUGAAGGAGAUGAGGGAGAAGAAGGACCAGAGUGCUCUCGAUUUCGCCAAUGGAGCCACCAAUACCGAAUGCGAACACUGCCUUGAGCAUAUCACCCGCCUCAACGCUCUUACCGAAGAGAAUAAGAAGAUCAAGCAGAGAUGCAAGGUCUUGGCUGAAGCAUUCGCGGCUGGCAAUGAUCAAGUCUGA